UAGUCCCUGAAGCACUGCAGGGGCAUCGAGGGGUCGACGUUUAUCUGGCCAAACAGCGCCAUCGCUCGUGCCAGGCAGCACACACGCACACACGCAGGCGCGCGCGCAUCGACCGUGUCUGACUGGCGAUCCGGCCGCUGUCCUUGCAAUGAUCUCGCCGGAGCUCAAUUUGGACGUUUUGACGCGGGACCUGUCUCAUUAUCUGGAAAACCAAGUGAAAGUUGGUCUGCUGGGCUCGGGAGUGGGACUGUCUCUGGUGCUGGGCUUCAGCGCGGCGUACGCCUGCUACUACCUCAUCUCGGUGGCCAAGAAGCCGCAGCUCAUCUCUGGGGGUAAGAAGUUCUACCAGUUCCUGCGCGAGCAAUGUCCCAUCGUGUCGGAGACCUACUAUCCCACCUUCUGGUGCUGGGAGAGCCGCAUUCAGACUCUGCUCAGACCCUUUGUCACCGCCAAGCCCGGAGUGGCCUACAGGAAUGAGCUUAUUAAGGCGGCAGACGGAGGGCAGAUCUCUUUGGAUUGGUUUGACAACGAUGACAGCCUGGCUCAUCCCGACUCCGCCUCCAGACCCACCGUCCUCCUCCUCCCGGGGCUGACCGGCACCAGCCGAGAGUCUUACAUCCUGCACAUGGUCGAGCAGAGCCGGGAUCUGGGCUAUAGAGCCGUGGUUUUCAACAACAGGGGCGUGUCGGGGGAAACUCUGCUGACGCCUCGGACCUACUGCGCCGCCAACACGGAAGACCUGGAAACCGUCAUCGAGCACAUCCACACGAGCUACGAUACGGCGCCCAUCAUGGCGGCGGGAGUGUCUAUGGGCGGGAUGAUGCUGGCUAACUACUUGGGGCGCAAGGGCCAGGAGACGUGCCUGAGAGGGGUGGCGGUGUUCUCGGCGGGCUGGGACGUGUUCGAGUGCACGGCGUCGCUGGAAAAGCCGCUGGACCGCUUCCUCUUCAACUCCUACCUCACCAGCUGCCUGCAAGCUUCGGUGCACAGGCACAGACCAGUGCUUGAAAAGUGUUACGACAUCGACCACGUGAUGAAGGCCAGGACCAUCCGAGAGUUCGAUGAGAGGUUCACGUCCAUUAUGUUCGGCUACGCCACGAAUGACGACUACUACCACGACGCCAGUCCCGUCCACAGGCUGAGGUCCGUGCAGGUGCCCAUGCUGUGCCUCAACGCUGCCGAUGACGUCUUUUCCCCGUCUCACGCCAUCCCUGUGGAGGCCGUGAAGCAAAACCCCAACCUGGCCAUGCUCAUUACCUGCCACGGCGGCCAUAUUGGCUUCCUGGAGGGCCUGUGGCCGAGGCGGAGCACCUACAUGGACCGAGUCUUCCGCCAGUUCGCCCGCGCCGUCAUCGAGCAGGGCGGCCGACUCAAAGACCUCUCCUGAGACAGGCCACGCCCACCUCGUCCUUUCCUGCCGUCCUCGCUGCAUUCUAGCCGUCCUUCUUUUGCUUCCUUCCAUUGACUAUCCAUCCCAUUCCUUUUUCUCGCCACAAGCAAAAGACAAGAACGUUGUUCUGGUUUGAAUGGCACGUCCUAUUGACUGCGGUCAUUUGAUUUAUUUAUUCCUCAUACAAUCAUUGUUCGUGUCAUUGAAAAGAACAAUGUUAAACAGGAAAAUACGUCAGUAGGAUGUUAGCCCUCAGGAAUUUAAUUUAAAAAACAUUUUUUCUCCUUUCUGUGGAUUAUUUUAAAGUCGUCACUUUCCUUUUUAAGUACUAGUUUUACCUUUUCUGGGAUUUCUGUCCCCAAACGAGGCGCUAAAGCGAAAAAAAAUUUGAUUGCUUUGUCUCUUACUGACUACACAAAGCUUAACUCUAUAAGUGCAUGUCCGUAACUUAUUUUUGCACAUAUUUAUCCACUGUGUACUUUAUCAGAAAUCAAAAGGGGUUAAUUAUGCAGAUUUUUCUGCAUUUUAUUUUUGUGCCACAGCUAAAUAACUAUAGCCAGUUAAAAAAAAAAAAAAAAAAUUAAAAUAUAAAUUCAUUUAUUAAAUUACCCAUGAUUUAAUUAAAAUGCAUAUAUUUAUUGAUUGUAAAACAAUCAGAUCAUGUACAUUGUAAUUAUUUGUUUUGUUGUAACCAAUCAGGCUCUCCAAAUAAUUGAUACAUAAUUUCCAAUACAUUUAAUAUGGAUUAAUUUAGAAAAAGGUACAUGUUAAAAUGUAAUCAUAAUUGUAUUUGUUGUUUAAUUUUUUUUAUUGUUUAAUGUAUGCAGUGUUUUAACCAAAGAGAUUCCUUUAAAUAAUUUAAUAAUUAAAUUGCCAAUUAAUUAGGAUAAAGUAUACACUUUACAAUGUGAAUCGGAAAAGUAUUUUUUCAUUUAUUUAUUUCAUUUGAUAUAUUUGGUGUUUUAUCCAAUCAGAUUCCUUCAAAUGUUUAAAAAAUACUUUCUAGUCUAUUGAAUUUGAAUUGAUUUAUUAAAUUGCCCAUGAAUCAAUUAAAAUGAAAUACAUGUUUGAUACAUUUUAAAAUAUGUACAAUUUAUUUCCAUUUUAAUUUUGUGCUAAAGUCAAUGAAGUCAUUUGAAAAAAAAAAUGUUAAUGUGAUUUUUUUUUUCUUCAAAGAGACUAAUUUCUCAUCUUAGUGUUCAUGAAACUGUAAUUCAACAACUUCACCACUAGGUAGAGACGCUACGCUGAACGAAAGCUGUGCAUUCGUAGAAAGAAUGCGUGACAAAACUCCUUGAGAUGCCAGGUGCAAUAUGUUGUGAUCAUCUCCAGCCAAGAACUUUUAUUUUUUGUUUGUCCAUGAAACUGUAAUUGCCCAAUUUCCCCACAAAGUAAAGCAGCGAUACUCUACUCCAGCUGUGCUUUCAUAAACAGAAUGUGUGACAAAACUCCUUAAGAUUUCAGGUGCAAUAUGUUGUGGUCCUCUACGACUGUGAAUAAAAUUUGUAUGUUGUUGUGUAAGGGUCAAUUAAAUUGUACUUCACCACUAAAGAAGCUACAUUUUGUGUAGAAGGAAUGUGUGACAAAACUCCUUAAGAUGCCAGGUGCAAUAUGCUGUGGUCUUCUACAGCCUUGCGCUUGGAUUUUUCAUUAAUGCUGCAACUUCACCACUAGGUAGAGAAACUACACUGUACUACAGCUGUGCAUUCGUAGAAAUAAUGCAUGAUGAAACUCUAUUAGAUGCCAGGUGGGAUAUGUUGUGGUCAUCUACAGCCAGGAGCUUUUUUUUUUCAAAUGAAACGAUAAUUGCCCAGAUUCCACAAUAUGUAGAACAGCUAUACUUUCCUCCAGCUGCUCUUUCAUAAAAAGACAAAGUGACAAAACUCCUUAAAUAGUCAGGUGCGAUAUGAUGUGGUCCGCUAUGGCUGUGAAUUUUACUUUUUGUCUAAGGGUCAAUGAAACUACUUCGCCACCAGAGAAGCUACAUUUUGCGUAGAAUGAAUGGUGUGUUAUGUGGUGGUCGUCUACAGCCAUGUGCUUUUAUUUUCUUUUUGUUCAUGAAACUGUAAUUCACCAAAUUCCUUCACUUCAUCUGUGCUUUUAUCCACUUUCAUAAAUGAAUGACGACAAAACUCCAUAAGAUGCCAGGUGCAAUAUGCUGUGGUCAAACAAACCCUUUUUUUUUUCUUAUUUCAUUUUCCUCCCCAUGAAAACGUGCAAUAACAAAUGAAAACAAAAGUGUCUGACUAGUUUAUGCACAUACUGUAAUCGGCAAUGAGUGUAAUAUGCGCUGUUUAAUAAACAUUGCA